UGCAACCCAGAAGACCAGUAACGAAAUAUGUCUUGGUCCUUGCAGUUGUGGUUUCAGGGUCCAGAAAAAACCAAUCUUCCCGGGCUUUGACCUCUGGUAUUCAUGAACAUCUGUUGACCUUUGAACACGCGCGCUAAUUUUGCAUUUUGUUAUGAGAUAGGCGACUGUUAUGCCACCAGCACGACAUACACUUUUCUUACCGCGAACCAAUAUAACGAUUUUGCCGCCUUAAUCAAACAUCUCCCCCAACAGGUAGACAGGGGUUGUUUCUGCGCGUGCGUGACAUUUGUUUGUUACACCUUGCAUUCGCUUCAGUUCGGACACAUACCACAGUGACAAAAGCUUUCAUCUCAAGGCUUACUUUAAAGCAGAACCCUUGUAUUUGUCCAAUCGUGACACUGAAACAAGAAGAAUUAGAUUCUAUAGGAAUGAAAGAAGUGGAUGUUGGAAUAUCUUCCCUGAGGAAUUAAACAGAAGGCUUGCCCUGUGCCCUUUGCUAACAGCACGCCUCGUCUCCUUCUAGAAGGGACUGCCACAGUCCUGUUGCCGGAUGAGUGAGGAUAUGGGUUGCGGGUCGUCUAAGCGGACGGCUGUGGUGCCUAUAGGGGACUCUGUCGGCGAGGUGGAGGCAUCGGGCGGCCUCACGCAGUGCAACUCCGAAGUUCCUGCCAUGGAGAGACGAGAUCCUCAAAAGGAACAACCAAAGGAAGAAGGCGUACGCUGGUCGUUAAACAGCGGGAAACGGGAGCCCAUCGCUCAGCCAAUGGCUUUUGAAGUGUCUGUAACCGAGGAAAGUAUAAUACGGAAACAUCCACCUCGUCGCUUGCAGCGACUGGAGGAUCAGCAAAUGGCGCUGUCACAUGAGCUCUUGGACGAGAAGCAGGAAGAGGCCAAACAGCGGAGGUUCCAGAUCUUAUCACAGCGAGUACAGUCAGCGAAGAGGGUACGGAAACGCUUUUUAGAUGAUGAAAAUAAUCAGAAUGAAUAUGUGAUUGAGACAAUGAAACGUGAGAAUUCAGCAGUGGAGCUAUGACAUUUAAAAGUUUCUCUUGCAAUAAUAAGUUAAUUUAAACUUUUGUAAUACAGGUUUUUACUAAAAAGCUUUUGUGAAGAAAAUAUGUUUUAGUUUGUUUACAUUCUCACUCUCAUAAGUUUUUGUUGCAGUGUGCUGUUUUGAAACUGAAUUGUUGAAGAUAAAGAGUUAUUUAUUUCAUAGUUUAUUUAGUGACUGUCUGUGAAUUGAAUUCAUUAUACAGUAUUAAAUAGCAGGAGGAUUGUGAGUCAUGAACUAGGAAGGAGGAGAAAGAAAUGUUGUCUUAUUUUAAGGCAUCUCAUUAUUUUCUUAGCUUUUUAUAGUAUUAAAAAGAUUGUUGGUGAAACAUUCCACUCAAAUUUGGGCCAUGAACUAUAUUAUGUGAUCUAGUAAUCUAUCAACUUAAUGUCCAAGUCAUGUUAUUCCUAUUCCAUGUUAGUUCAUGACUUGUUUAAAUUUGUUUGCCAUGUUGAAACUAGAUGUGAGCAAUGCAGUGAAUUUGAAUCACGAUAAUUCCAGUGAAUAUUAUCUGUGGGUAAUGGUAAUUUUAAGAAAUAACCAUGAUCAGUUGAUAAUCUAACAAGACUGUAUAGUGCUACAAGCAGGGAGGAACUUGUGUAUCAUUCCCCAUUUUCAGAUAUGGAUAUUGGUAAUUUUGAUAUAAAUUGAAUGAUUUUUUGAAACUCUGUUUGAACAUCGUUCUAUUGGUGACCUUCAGUCUUAUUCCUGAUACCUUUUAGGCCCCUGUAAACAGUACUAAUAUUUUGUUUCUGUGAACUUUUGAUGUGGGAACAUCAAUGUUGUUUCCAAUAUAUUUGAUAUGGGCUCUUCAAAUUUUGUAUGGUGACAGAUUUUUUAAUAGUUUGCUUGUUUUAUUUACGUAAGUUUGUUUAGUAUAUAAUGAAAGAUAACAUGUUGGACUGUGAAUUUAUCUGGUGUGAAGAAGACUGUAAUGGUUAGUUUACCUCAGCUUAUUAAAUUUGUGUGGUAACAUAUAAACAUAUAUUAAUAUAGUGAGUUAUAUUAAAAUUAGAAAUGUCAGUUAGUAUUGAUAAAUAAGCAUGAUAUGACAUUGGAAAAAUUGCUGAUAUUAUUCAUCAUUACUGUAAAACAUUUGGGGAGAGACUUUGUUGGCUAAUAGGAUGAAAGAAAUGUACAAAUAACCUUGGCAUCUUUGUAAAGAAAAUAAAGGAACUUGUUGGUAUAUAAGAAAUAGUAA